AUGCUGUCAGCACCAUUAAGGUCUGACGUCCCCACAGCCCGCUGCACUCCACGCUGUGAACACCGUCUGUGGAAGACGUCAGCACAGCCCAUUGGACUCCGUGCUGUCAGGACCGUCCGCGUCCGACGUCAGCAGAGCCCGCUGGACAUCGCGCUGUCACCACCAUCCGCGUCCGAAAUUACCACUGCCCGCUGCACACCACGCUGUCAGCACCGUCCGUCUCCUACGUCACCACAGCCUGCUGCACUCCUUGCUGUCAGCGCCGUCAGAGUCAGACAUCACCACAGGCCGCUGCCCUCCACGCUGUCAGCACCGUCCGGGUCCGACGUCACCACAGAACGCUGGACUCCACGCUGUCAGCACCAUCCGUGUCCGACGUCACCACAGCCUGCUCCACUCCUCGCUCCCGCUGCACUCCACGCUGUCAGCACCGUCUGCAACCGACGUCAAUACAGCCCGCUGGACUCCACGCUGUCAGCACCGUCCGUGUCCAAAGUCACCACAGCCCGCUGCACUCCACGCUGUCAGCACCGUCCGUGUCCAACGUCACCACAGCCCCGUGGACUCAACUCUGUCAGCACCGUCCGUGUCCGACGUCACCACAGCUUGCUGCACCCAACACUUAUAGCGCCGUCCGUGUCAGACGUCACCACAGCCCGCUGGACUCAACACUGCCAGCACCAUCCACGUCCGACAUCACCACAGCCCGCUGCACUCCACGCUCUGAGCACCAUCCGCGUAAGACGUCACCACAGCCCGCUGGACUCCACGCCGUCAGCACCGUCCGUGCCCGACGUCACCACAGCCCCCUGCACACCACGCUGUCAGCACCGUCCAGGUCUGACGUCACCACAGCCCGCUGCACUCCAAGCUGUCAGCACCAUUCGCGUCCAACUUCCCCACAGCCUGCUGGAUUCCGCGCCGUCAGCACCAUCCGUGUGCGACGUCACCACAGCCCGCUGCACUCUACGCUGUGAGCACCGUAUGCGUCCGACGUCACCACAGACCGCUGCACUCCACGCUGUGAGCACCGUCCGCGUCCGACGUCACCACAACCCGCUGGACUCAACGCCGUCAGCACCGUCCGUGUCCGACGUCACCAAAGCCAGCGGGACACCACGCUUUCAGCAGCGUCCGCAACUGACGUCAUCACAGCCAGUUGCACUCAAAGCUGUCAGCACCGUACGCGUCGGACGUCACCACAGCCCUCUGGGCACCACGCCCCCGCUGCAUUCCACGCUGUGUACACCGUCCGCGUCCGACGUCACCACAGCUCGCUGUACUACACGCAGUCAGCACCGUCCGUGUCCAACGUCACCACAGCAUGCUGUACUAUGUGCUUUCAGUGCCGUCUGUGUCCGACGUCACCACAGCCCGCUGGACUCCACACUGUUAGCACCGUCUGCGUCCGACGUCACCAGAGCUCGCUGCACUCCACGCAGUCAGCGACGUCCGUGUCCAACGUCACCGCAGCCCGCUGCAUUCCACGCUGUGUGCACCGUCCGCGUCCGACGUCACCACAGGUCGCUGUACUACACGCAGUCAGCACCGUCCGUGUCCGACGUCACCACAGCUUGCUGUACUAUGUGCUUUCAGUGCCGUCUGCGUCUGACGACGCCACAGCCCGCUGGACUCCACACUGUUAGCACCGUCUGUGUCCGACGUCACCACAGCCCGCUGCACUCCACGCUGUCAGGACCGUCCAUGUCCGACAUCACCACAGCCCGCUCCACUCCACACUGUCAGCACCGUCCACGUCCGACGUCACCACAGCCCGCUGCAUUUCACGCUGUCAGCACCGUCCGGGUCCGACGUCACCACAGCCCGCUAUACACCACACUGUUAGCACCGGCCGUGUCCGACUUCACCACAGCCCGCUGGACUCCUCGCUGUCAUCACCGUCCAUGUCCGACAUCACCACAGGCCGCUGCAGUCCACGUCCGACGUCACCACAGCCCGCUGCACUCCACGCUGUCAGCACCGUCAACAACCGACGUGAACACAGCCCGCUUGCUUCCACAUUGUCAGCACCGUUUGCGUCCGACGUCAUCACAAUCUGAUGCACUCCACGCUGUCAGCACCAUCCGUGUCCGACGUCACCACAGCCUACUGCACUCAACGCUGUAA